AUACUAUCCAGCUUCUUUGGGCAAUACUGCAUCUUCUAGUAACAAGAAACUGGCCAUCUAAAGAUAUAAAGUGGCUUUCGUCGUCCCCUCCGCGGAGUUCGAUUUCGUGCAUCCAUCGACAACUCAAACCAUCAUAUAUAGGUACAAUUACUACAAGUUCUACAACACCAUACCUAUCAGUGGUCUUUCAGAGUCACUGUUCAACGAUCUUACACUGUGACACACACACGCACACACUUCCACCCCUACAUUCGCCCAUCGCAACAUGUCUCCCUUCAACUUCCACACCACCGGCGAGGAGGUCGUCUCUGCCUGGCCAGAACACAUCAAGGGACGCACCUUCCUGAUCACGGGCCCGAGCAACAAGAGCCUGGCAGCGGGUGCAGCCAUCGACCUGGCCAAGAAAGCGCCCGAGCACAUCAUCCUCGUCGGGCGGAACAAGGCCAAGAUCGACCCGGUCGUUGAGCAGAUCCGGUCGGUCGGCGCCGGCGUGCAGGUCACCUUCGUGCAGUGCGACCUUUCCGACCACGACUCGGUCCGCAAGGCGGCGGACGAGAUCAACGCCAACGGCGCCAUCCAGAAAAUCGACGUCGUCAUCAACUGCGCGGGCGUCAUGAACAUCCACGACUACACGCUCGACAAGCAGGGCAUCGAGAUGACCUUCUCGGCCUGCCACGUCGGCCACUUCCUGCUCACCAACCUCAUCCUGCCCAAGGUGCUGGCCGCGGGGAAGGGCGCUCGCAUCAUCAACGUGACGUCGGUCGGGCACACCAUCGGCCCCGUGCGGUUCGACGACCCCAACUUCUCGGCCGGCGCGGCGUACGACCCGUGGUCCGCGUACGGGCAGGCCAAGACGGCCAACAUCCUGUACUCGGUGGAACUGUCGCGGCGGCUGGCGGACCGGGGCGUCGUCUCGAACGCGCCGCACCCCGGCGGCAUCGCCGAGACCGGCCUGGUGCGCGACACGGAGAUGCACGAGUUCGACGCCAUCGGGCCGAUCGCGGUCCGGAACACCGGGCGGGAGUUCCGGCUCGAUCACCCGUUCAAGACCAUCGACGGCGGGGUCUCGUCCAUCCUUGCGGCCGCGCUCGACCCGGGGUUCGCGGACAAACCGGGCAUCUACAUCAGGGACUGCCAGCCCCAGACGCCGUACGAGUAUGCCGCGGACCCGGAGGCGGCGAAGAGGCUGUGGGCGCUGAGCGAGCAGCUGGUCGGGCAGAAGUUUGAUUUCUGAGUUGCAGCCUCGCAGGAACAGUUUGUGAAUGUAGUGAUUAAUGUAUGUAAAUGAGUAGCUUGGACUGGGCAGUGUAAAUUGCGAGUUAUGAAAACUGGUAGCAGACUGUCAAAUAAAUCGCCCGAAUGUUGGAUAUUGUAUCACGCUAUUGGUGUGUUAAAUUGAACACUAUCGCGAAAGGCGUCAGUAGCUAAGGUACAUACGUACCUAGUGCAUACCGGAUACUGUUAAGUAAUCAAUCUGUCUAGCAGGAGUAGCAUUAGUCGGUUGAUUUACACAAGAUAGAGG